AUGCCUAUGGGGAGUCCUCCUCUCCUGUCUUCACAUCAUGCUCGGGCUCCUUCGUUUCUACAAGCGUCGCUGGGUGAGGGCCCAGUUCAGCGGUGCUUUGUGGUUCAACGUCUUGUCCUUUACACUGCCGCUCUGUACGGAACACUUGUGAAACUUCAUGUCAUAUCAAUCCUCGGUGCUGCCGAGAUUUUCGCCAAGAGCUUCGUGCCCAUUGAAGUGCGCCACGGCAGCAUAACUUACGUGCGGAUCAGCGCAUUUUCCGCCCUCGGCAGUGCCAUCAAGGCCGCUGUUGCUACGUCAGCGAGGGCGCUAGAUAGACUAUCUAGACCUGACGCUCCGCUUGUGCUGAGCGGUAUCAAGUUUGCGGCCAAUAUCGUGCUGGACAUGUUGCUGAUUUCAACGUUUCAUGUGGGACGGCACACGCCUAGUGUGAAUAUGCAGGCUGGUAUUCAGGUGACUUGUAAUCUGACCGCUGCAUUUAGCGGCCUGGCGUGCUUGCUUGCUGUGCACCGACACCGCAAGCAGGAGAAUGAGGAAGAGCAUGAGGAGGGGGAGCGAGAGAGAGACGGAGGACGACGGUCAACGAUACCGAAACCCUCGAUUCAAGCGCUCCAGGUCCUGGGUUCCCGUGGAGUGCUGACCUUUAUUGAAUCCACAGUUCGGAACGCUUUAUACCUCUGGUUGAUUACCAACAUUACCAGCUUGGGAGCAACGUACGCUACGGCAUGGAGCGUCUUCAACACGAUUCGCUGGGGCCUUGUCAUGGUUCCGGUUUCUGCACUUGAGGCAACAACAUUGACAUUUGUAGGACACGAUUGGGGCAUUUGGAAGAGACAAUUUGCCGGUGUGACCAAAGUCGGUCUAGGGAGCUUGCUUAGUAUUACCAGACCGGCGUGUAAGUAG